AUGCCUUCGUUUCUUUCGCACCUUCUGCUGGCCACUGCCGCCGCCAGUCUGUCAUCCGCUGCCCCCGCUCCCUCGCGCGUCUCCGAUUUGACCAAGCGAUCCUCCUCGACCUGCACUUUCACAGAGGCGGCGAGCGCCUCGGCUAGCAAGUCGGACUGCUCGACCAUCGUGCUGAGUGGUAUCGAGGUCCCAGCUGGCGAGACCCUGGACCUGUCGGAUCUCAACGAUGGCACCAAGGUCAUCUUUGAGGGCACCACCACCUUCGGUUACGAGGAGUGGAAGGGUCCCUUGCUUCGCAUCUCAGGGUCCGGCAUCACAGUGACGGCCUCUGACGGCGCUGUGAUCGAUGGCGAGGGCUCUCGCUGGUGGGACAGCAAGGGCACCAAUGGCGGCAAGACCAAGCCCAAGUUCUUCUACGCCCACUCCCUCGACGAUUCGACCAUCUCGGGCCUCACCAUCAAGAACACUCCCGUGCAGGCCAUCAGUGUCCAGUCAGACAACCUUCUCAUCGAGGAUGUGACCAUUGACAACUCGGGUGGUGAUGACAAUGGCGGCCACAACACUGACGGCUUCGAUAUCAGCGAGUCUACCUACAUUACGAUCAAGAAUCCCACCGUCAAGAAUCAGGAUGAUUGCCUGGCUAUCAACUCGGGCGAGAACAUCUACUGGAGCGGUGCGACCUGCUCUGGUGGCCACGGCCUGUCGAUUGGCUCCAUCGGCGGUCGUGACGACAACACCGUCAAGAAUGUCACCAUCACCGACUCGACCGUGAGCGACUCGGCCAACGGCAUCCGCAUCAAGACCAUCUACGAUGCGACUGGCUCCGUCAGCGAUGUGACCUUUUCGGACAUCACCCUGUCCGGCAUCACCGACUACGGCAUUGUGAUCGAGCAGGACUACGAGAACGGCUCCCCCACGGGCACCCCUACCGACGGCGUGCCCAUUUCGGACUUGACUGUGGAUGGCAUCACCGGCUCGCUCGAGGAUGACGCGGAGCAGGUGUACAUCCUGUGCGCCGAGGACAGCUGCACAGACUGGUCCUGGAGCGGUGUCAGCUUGACUGGCGGCAGCUCGAGCGACGACUGCGAGAACGUGCCCUCGGGGGCAUCCUGCUAG